AUGACCUCGUCGCGGCCCCGCCAUGUCGGUAACAGCUUCGCGAGCCGGCGUGGCCAUGCUAACCAGCUGUCCAUAUCCGAUUCGAGCCACCACAUCACUGAAACUAUAGGCACACUGUACGGCGACGACGACGACUACCAGUCCAAUGACCGGCCCCUCAGCUUCAUCGCUUCCCCAUAUGGCGGCGAACAGAUCACGCGCCAUCGCGGGGACCCUCAGUCUUCCGAGGAUCAUCCCCUCCGUCUGGUCCGCUCCCAUUCAGACCAUGCCGGCGAACAGACCAACCCAUCUACGAACCAUGCCCUCAACGGGUCCGGUCCCAAGAAAUCUCACACUCUGCCCGGCCGCAUGCCAAGCCAGAGGAACGGCGCCCCAGGUGGUCCUCUGUCGCCCAAGUCGCCAACGCUGAGGGAGAUGCGGGGAGGCGAGGCUUCCGAGUUCCCCAUGGGGAGCAUCGAGAACCCCAGUGAUAUAGCGCAAGAGCUCAGCAACCUUCAGGCCCUCCGCCGCAUGUCCAUGGAUGUGUCCAACACCUCCGAUCCUGACUUGCUGCCCUUCCAGAACAUGUCCCUCAUGGCCAUGCCCUCGAUCGCCCCCCAAGGCGACGACGACGAGGCUGACCCUUCCCGCCUGCUGUGGGUGCCUGCUGGUGUGCACCCGGAGCUGGCCCCCACCGAAUUCAAAAACUUCCUCGAGAAACGGGUGCAGACGAUAAAACGGCGGUCCAACGACUCGUCCCUCUCUGUGGACGGCCUCGACAGGAGCAACUCGGGCUCGCUGAGGCGGAAGAAGUCCAUGCUCUCCAGGCAGAUCGACAACGCCGGCGGCCGUGGGGCUGAUGGGUACAUGGAUGGCGCAGAGCGGCUGGAGAGGAAAAAGUCGACGGACCUCUCAGGACAACCCUUGCCAGAGGGGCUGAGCUUGGACGAACUUGUGAAGGACCCCUCCAAGGCCGUGCAGAAACUCACGCUGGAAUCGCAGCAAACCGGAGGCGACAGUCCGGCGGACGACAUGCCAAUACUGCCUGUGGCGCCGGGCAUGGGCCUCCGUCGCUCGACGAGGACGACAUAUCGGAAAGGCGGCAGUCUGAAGGACCGGCAGGGUGGCUCCGUGAGGGGUGAUCGCUUACCCUUCUCGAAACGUAUUGCGGCUCGAAAGGCCGGGGAGGAUGCUGGUGAUGCGUCGUCGCCCAUACUGGAGUCGCCCAUCGAUGCGCCCCCUGGCCACGGCCUCUCGCGGGUUCAGUCUGAACCUGUCGGCCCGCUGGCUGACAACUACUCUCGUCCAUCACGCUCGGUCAGGAGACAACAGGGAUUCACGCAUGAUGCAGACGUUGGCUCCUCCGAGGAAACACCACAGACAUACCAGGAUCCGGCGCCAGUUCGGCCAGCAGAGCCGAAGCGCAUUCCGUCCAAUGAAGGAUCUCGCGCACCACAGAUCCCUCAAAUUAUCGAAUCGCCUGCAUUUGAGGAUGAAUUGGCAGAAUAUCAAUCGUCCCAGUACCAGUCGAGACUAUACCCCGAGCGUUCAUCGUCGCAACCAGUUGUUGCGCAGCCCGCAUCUCAGCCGGCUCAGGUGCCUGAGGAGCCACCCGCACGCUCGAGCAGGCGACCUAAUAAUUAUGGCCAGCCUGCACAAGCUGCAAGUCAACCCCAACCCUCGCCACCAGCGGCACCGCCGUCACAACAAACUGCACGACCUCCAAAGACAGAGCAGUCACUAAAUGAAAUGGCUCACCAGCCAUCACCCUUACCAGGGGGAGGGGCUACGAGGACUGACAGCCUCACUUUCAUCCCGACUUUUGCAGCUCCCGAGGAAAGGAAGCCAGAAAAGAAGGGCAAAAAGGAUUCCGAGAGCAAAAGCACUUCGUGGAAAUGGUUCAAGAGUGAUGACAAGGAUAAAAAGAAGAAGGAGGAGAAGAAGGAGGAGAAGAAGGAAGAUGACGUCAAGAAGUCUAAGGCCAAGGCCUUCGUCGAGAAAGCACACGACAAUGUACGAUUGGACGUCUUGCAGACUUCGAUCGACACCGUCAAACAGAAAGGCCGCGAGAGCCUGUUGUUGGACCGGGACAGCGUGGACAGUAAGCUAGAGGAGGAAAGAAGGAAAGAAGGCCACCGGAAGAGCGAGUCGAAGAAGGAGAAAGACGGCCUAUUCGCCAACUUUUUUGGAGGAAAAAAGAAGGGGGACAGGGAUUCAGGCGGCAGAAAGUCUUAUGGGAACCGGCCUCUAUCUCCGGAACCGGCACCAUACCGACCCCUCGAGCCAGAUGUCGACUAUCACUGGACCCGCUUCCCUAUCCUCGAGGAGCGUGCAAUUUAUAGGAUGGCGCAUAUCAAACUGGCGAAUCCCCGGCGAGCGCUAUACAGCCAGGUCUUACUCAGCAACUUCAUGUACGCCUACCUUGCCAAAGUGCAGGCAAUGCAUCCUCAAAUCCAGGUGCCUCAAUCGCCUCAGCAGAAACGACUUCAACAGGAGGAAGAGAGGCGGCGCCGUGAGCAGGAGCAGCAAUACCUGGAACAGCAGCAAGCGCAGGAGAGCAUUGAACAGUAUAACUUUGAAUACCACCGCGAGUCGAAUCAAUACGGUAAUUCAGAUGUGCAACAAAGUGGGGACUACCCGGAAGACGCCGAGGUGUAUGACUAUGAACACGGCAAGGAGCAAUACGGCACGAAUGGCGGCUACCACGAUAAUCGGCAGCAUGAUGAACGGGAUGAUAUGUGGUGA